GCGGUGCUAGAGGAAGGUGGGAAUCCUCCGUCCCAGGCAAAACCAGACAUCACGUGGGUAGAGAAGGAGCUGGUGGACUCGGCAGACAAGGGCGAAUGCGUUGUGAAGGAAAUCAACAUCACCCACCAUGUGAAGGAGGGCUCCGAGAAAGCCGAUCCGUCGCAGUUUGAGCUUCUGAAGGUGCUGGGACAGGGCUCUUUCGGGAAGGUUUUUCUGGUGAGAAAAAUCACUCCGCCGGACAGCAACCACCUCUAUGCCAUGAAAGUGCUCAAGAAGGCAACACUGAAAGUGCGUGAUCGACUGCGGACAAAGAUAGAGCGGGAUAUUCUGGCCGAUGUGAACCAUCCCUUUGUGGUGAAACUUCACUAUGCAUUCCAGACAGAAGGGAAGCUCUAUCUCAUCUUGGAUUUCCUCCGAGGAGGUGACCUUUUCACUCGGCUUUCUAAAGAGGUCAUGUUCACAGAGGAGGACGUCAAGUUCUACCUGGCAGAGCUGGCUUUGGGGCUUGACCAUUUGCACAGCCUGGGAAUCAUAUACAGAGACCUCAAACCAGAGAACAUCCUCCUGGAUGAAGAAGGGCACAUCAAGCUCACAGAUUUUGGCUUGAGUAAAGAAGCUAUAGAUCAUGAGAAGAAAGCCUACUCCUUCUGUGGCACAGUGGAAUACAUGGCACCUGAAGUUGUGAAUCGCCAGGGCCACUCGCACAGUGCUGACUGGUGGUCCUAUGGGGUGUUAAUGUUUGAAAUGCUCACCGGCUCACUGCCCUUCCAGGGGAAGGACCGUAAGGAGACAAUGACCCUCAUCCUCAAAGCAAAGCUGGGCAUGCCCCAGUUCCUGAGCUCCGAAGCGCAGAGUCUCCUGCGAGCCCUCUUCAAAAGGAAUCCAGCCAACAGAUUAGGUUCUGGUCCAGAUGGGGCAGAAGAGAUAAAGCGCCAUCCUUUCUACUCUACUAUUGACUGGAAUAAGCUGUACAGAAGGGAAAUCAAACCACCUUUCAAGCCUGCGGUGGGCCAGCCCGAUGACACCUUUUACUUUGACACAGAGUUUACGUCCCGUACACCAAAAGAUUCCCCGGGCAUCCCCCCGAGUGCAGGGGCCCAUCAGCUCUUCCGUGGCUUCAGCUUUGUGGCAGCUGGAUUGAUGGAGGACGGCAAGGUGAAACCUGCCCAGUCCCCACUGAAUCCGGUGGUACAGCAGCUGCACGGCAAGAACGUCCAGUUCAACGAUGGCUACGUGGUGAAGGAGGCAAUUGGUGUGGGCUCCUACUCGGUGUGUCAACGCUGCAUCCAUAAAGCAACCAACAUGGAGUACGCAGUCAAGGUCAUUGACAAGAGCAAGCGAGACCCUUCAGAGGAAAUAGAAAUCCUCCUGCGAUAUGGGCAGCAUCCCAAUAUUAUUACCUUGAAAGAUGUGUAUGACGAUGGGAAGUACGUGUACCUGGUGACGGAGCUGAUGCGGGGAGGAGAACUGCUGGAUAAGAUCCUCAGGCAGAAGUUUUUCUCAGAGCGGGAGGCCAGUUCUGUCCUGCACACGAUCUGUAAAACAGUGGAAUACCUGCACUCGCAAGGGGUGGUCCAUAGAGACUUGAAACCCAGCAACAUUCUCUACGUGGACGAGUCGGGCAACCCAGAAAGCAUUCGCAUUUGUGACUUUGGCUUCGCCAAGCAGCUGAGGGCUGAGAAUGGCCUGCUCAUGACUCCUUGUUAUACUGCAAACUUUGUGGCACCUGAGGUACUCAAACGCCAAGGCUACGAUGAGGGCUGUGACAUCUGGAGCCUGGGAGUUCUCCUUUACACGAUGCUAGCAGGCUGCACCCCGUUUGCAAAUGGGCCCAGUGACACCCCAGAGGAGAUCCUGAGCCGAAUAGGUGGGGGGAAAUUCUCCGUCAGCGGUGGCAAUUGGGACACUAUUUCGAUCCUAGCCAAGGAUCUGGUCUCAAAGAUGCUUCACGUGGAUCCUCACCAGCGCCUGACGGCCAAGCAGGUCCUGCAGCACCCGUGGAUAACGCAGAAGGAGAGCCUGCCCCAGAGCCAGCUGAAUCACCAGGACGUGCAGCUGGUCAAGGGGGCGAUGGCUGCCACCUACUCAGCAUUGAACAGCUCCAAACCAAGUCCCCAGCUGAAGCCCAUCGAAUCCUCCAUCCUGGCCCAGAGACGGGUGAAGAAACUCCCUUCCACCACCCUGUGAAGGCCGGGCAGGUUGCAGCAGCGCUGGGCACCACACUCACACCGGCUUCUCACGAGCUGCUGGCGCCAGGGGCAGCAAAUGUGGCAGAAAAUGCCCAGAAAGGAGCUCCUAAGGACUUCUUCUAAAUCCACAUGAAGGCCAAGUGCCUUUCUGCUUGUGAAAGACUGACUCCUCUUUGUGUGGACUGAUCUUUACUGAGAGAACAUCACUGUAAAAUUUUUUUGAAGUGUAAAUUGUCGAUUUUUAAAAACAUCCAUCUGUGUAUAUGAGAACUAGAAUGUAUAACUGAUGUCAAGUGGCACUAAAAAAAGCAGCUCUGAUUCACCCUCUUGUGUGUAGGGCCAGAUCUUUGGUGUAGCUAGAACCUAUCUCAGAGCUGAUCUCCUCCAAGGCCAGUGCAGCUGGAAGACUGCGCAAUGGUUGGGUUUUAGGCUUUGGGGUUUUUCCUCCCUUGAAACUUUGUACAUCCUUCCCAGUUCAGACUUACAGACUCCUACGGCAGCACUCGUGUCUGUAAAGAACUCCCUUCUCCUUCAUUUAUUUUUUUUAAUGUGUAUGAGUCUUUUUCAGACUCCACUUCUUCCUCUUCUGCCCUCUCCAGCCCCUGGGGCUGCUCUCUGAACAAAACAAACUGAGUGUUUUCCAAACAGUCCCUAAGAUGAGAAACUAUCCCAAAUCCAUGCUAGAUUGGACUCCUUCCUUCUCCCCUCAUUUCCAUCUUCAUGUGCAUCCUGCAUCCCAAUGGGUGCUCCCGGGGGAGUUGGUCACCCAAGCAGGUGGGGAUGGCAAUGACCCUUCUGCAGCAAAGCUGCUUUUUAGGCUGGCUUUGGCUGCUGCCCUUUACCACUUCUGGCUUUCAUUUACUAGGAAUCUGUGAAGCACUUCAUACCUUCCUUCCUUUUCCUUUUUCUUUUCUUUUCUUUUCCUUUUUUUUAAUUUAACUUUGUUCUACAGCUGGUAACUCAGGGUUUCUUUCCAAAUUGUACAAUAAACAUGUCCUUCAGUUGAUAUUAUUUUACGACUGACUUUUAGCUGCAGAAGAAGCGACCCUCAUCCUUCCCUGCUCUGCACUCGGGGGCUCAAGCUUCUUGCAGCCUUUGGGGAGAUGGGCAA